GCGGUCUGACGGGUGUUUUCUUUUACCUUCGACAUUGGUGGCAAAUACCGUCCAACGGUAGCUUCCAGGUGUGCUUUUUCGUCCCGGUUGCAGGAAUUGACUGUGUGCCGUUAAUACACUUUCUCCGCACUCGCAUCAACCAGUGCUAACUGCUCGUACCGGUGACCGCUAAGCGCGGAGGGUAAUCGAUACGCAAAAAUCCCGGACCUCGGCCUUCUCUUGCUCCUCCCACACCCCCUACCACCAUUACCAGGGUGCGUGAUCGUUGGUGUGCCCAAUUGUUUCCACCUCCGGCAAAAAUCGACUGUAUCCUUGCAUCGCGGCAGGAAAACAAGCAGCAUCCCACAAACUGCACAAGACAUCAUAGUCAGCGAGGAAAACAGCAUACCGCGUGGAUCUCGUGCAUGCAGUUUGACGGUGACCGUGUGUUCCGCGUGUGCGCGCUUGUUCCGCGAGGCGAAAGUCGAGUGAGUUUGCUGCGAAAAUCAUCCCCGGCACUGAAAACGUUGCCCCGUUGUGGUUGAAAAUAUUUCGGCGGAGAAAAAAAAGAUAUGAAUAAAAACAUCCUACACAAAAUUCUAUCGCUCAAUUUGCCAAACAGUCGCAAGGUGCCGUUGUUCAGCUAAUCGUCGAUGCAGUAGAAUCGUGUUCUACCGCGAAACUCCGUGUGGACGUUGGAUCGAGUGUGGUGGAGAUAAACUGCGGCUGAAUAUCCUUCCGGAGAAACCCUACGAAAAUUACAACCCUUCAAAAACUUUCCAUUCCUUCCAGGACGAGACCCGUGGUGUGUGCUCUGCUGGGAUAGAGACAAUAAGCCUCUAACCAUUUUCGCCUGAGUUCCGUAGCGGACGGCCUUUCCUAAGGGUGCCUCGAGGGGUAGUCCUUUUUUUCUCUCCCCCCGGUUUGUAGUGGAUUAGAUCGAGUGUCAUUCUUCCGGCCUACGGAAGGGUGAAUCUCGGCUCGUGAGUGUAGUGUACCGCCGCCCACUUGCGCGACCGGGUAAGACCGAUCCCACCAGUCUCUGGGGCGAAAGCACCACAGCACACAAAAAACCCCCCCUUUUUUGAAACGAUGGCUGUUUUUACGAAACUCUGCCUACCGGACAUUGUCAAAUUAAAACGCUAGUUAGUAAACGCUGUUGUGUCCAUCUGCGCGUCCGUCGGUGGCCAUCGCUAGAAUUUACUAAUUUUAACGUUUUAUAAGGUACAAUAUCUUUGUUCUUCGUUUUGGUUUUUUCCAUUCUUUUCCGUUCGCACUCGCUCAUUAUUUGUAAUUGUUUGUGUUAUUAUCUCUCUUUUUCCUACGCAUUCACCAUUUGUGUGUGUGCGCGCGCGUAUACUUCUGCAUUAUUACUCACUUACCAUCUGCGCUCUGCCAAACGAUCCUUCCGAUUGUGAUACUGCUGGUCUACUGCAUCCGGUUUAGCCAGCCCUAAACGGAACAAGCUUCGAUUCACUUUCCAAUACUCUGCUCACCCGCAAUUUCAAUUUGCAGCGCAAAUUGAAAGCCUUCGCACAUCGGUGUCCUUUUUAAUUGCUCCUGUUUUUAGAGAGUCCGUCACUUAACUACUUACUUGCGUGUAGAUUAUAAUCCUACUUUAAAUUGCACACUCACAUACACAAGUUCGUAUUAGACAUUACUCCUAAAUACUUAAUAUAGUUUUUUUUAAACGCUACAUAAGGCUGGCACACUUUAGGAUUUGAGUGUGAAGAAUUUGGUAUAGGGGUGAAGAACACCGUUUGAAGCAAAACAGCGUUUGUUUUUUAAAGUGCCACUGGUGGGCCAUCUAAGAGGUAAUUUUGUGCGUUUCAAGAAGCACACAUUUUUUUUGUGGUAUUCCACAACACUAUUGUUGUUAGCAUUGCCGCCGAAAACGGAGGAUAGAACAAGGAGAGGAACGAAUUUUGAAUUCAAAAACCCAUUGGCAUCCAUUGUGAAGGCGUCAUCCCCUACGUUUGAACGUGUCUUGAAGACUUGCGAAUACUUCGUGGUUUGUUUUUUAAAGCUUCUAGAGUAAUAUACAACUUAAUAUACAAGCGGAAAAUCCCAUCUCAAGUAGUUUACUCCGAAGUGUCUUCGUACCGCGUGACAGGCGUAUUUAUUGAAAGGAUUCUUUCAAGCGGUUGUUUUUUUUUAAAGACUAGCUUAUCUCAAGAAAAGCACACUCCACUGUUUCGGUUGGUAGGGAGAUUUCCUUUACCUCCUCCUCACUCUCUCGUCUUCGGGGUUUUCGAAAGAAGCACCCAGCUGCAGCAGAUAUCUGCCUUAACUUGAACGUUUCCACGUGCAAAACCACACAAAGAGCACCCUCCCAAGAUGGAACCCUUCGCGCCCGAGAUCCUCUGGAUCGUGAUCCUCGGCUUCAUCAUAGCGUUUAUUCUUGCGUUCGGUAUCGGUGCGAACGAUGUGGCCAACUCGUUCGGUACGAGCGUUGGUUCUGGUGUGCUGUCGCUACGGCAAGCCUGCUGGUUGGCCACCGUUUGCGAGCUGGCUGGUGCGGUACUGAUAGGUUACAAAGUGUCGGAUACGAUGCGAAAAGGAAUUCUCGAAGUAGAGAUGUACAAGGGCAGCGAAACGGAACUGAUGCUCGGCUGCCUGUCGGCACUGGGCAGCUCGGCACUCUGGCUGCUGGUGGCCACAUUCCUCAAGAUGCCAAUCUCCGGCACUCACAGUAUUGUCGGCUCGACGAUCGGCUUCAGUUUGGUGGCCCGUGGCACGCAAGGGCUCAAGUGGAAGACGCUGAUGACGAUCAUCGGUUCCUGGUUCAUCUCGCCCGUGCUGAGCGGCCUGGUGAGCGUGAUGCUCUUCUGGACGAUCCGCAAGUUUAUCCUGAACGCGAAGAAUCCGCUCCGUGCCGGACUGCUCUCGUUGCCCCUGUUCUACGGCACGACAUUGGCUGUGAAUGUAUUUAGUAUCGUGCACGAUGGACCAAAAUUGCUGUAUAUGGAUAACAUCCCGGUGUGGGUAGCAUUUGUUGUCAGCAUAUCGCUCGGCGUUACCGUGGCCGUCCUGGUGCAGUUGUUUGUAGUGCCGUGGCAAAAGCGUAAGAUCCUCGCCGGCCAGGAUGGUGGUACGAACAAGACGCAGUUCAUGCUCGGCGACUCGGACGGUGACUCCUCGUCGAACGGAAGCCCGCGCCGACCGAAGCGUCCCCUCUCACUGGUGGCCAACGACGGAAAGGCCCUGCCAGCCAUUACCGAAACGACCGAACUGGUGUCGCUCUCAUCGCAACAGCAGCUGCAGCAGCAGGGGCCACAGAAUGGGCUGAUGAAGAAACUGUCCAGCGAGCUAUCGCCGACGGUUGGUGCCGGUGCUGGUGGGCCGUACGCCUUCCAUCCGGAGAUUGUGAAGAAGGCGAACAGCUUACUGAGUGCGCAGGACAAGACUAGCCUUGACAACACCGACCUGACCGUGACCAGUCUGAACUACAUCGAUGAGUACCAGUCGUACAACGGAAAUGGGCGCUUCCACCUCGGCACGUACUUUGACCGUCGUAAUAGUGCGAACGUCUCGCCAAAGUCACCCGACUCGGGUCAUCUCGUCAACGGUGGUCUAAAAGAACAACCAACUGUGAUCGCCUUGCAGAACGGCAAAUCUCCGACCAGCCCGAAAAGCGACAGCACGCUUCCGAUCACCGAUUAUACGCUGAUGCCACAGAACGUCCUGCUCGGUGGCGCGGAUGGAGACAUGAAGAAAGCGGAUUUGAGCAAAAUCGAGGCAGCCGCCGGACUGGAACACCCGCUCAUCAGUGCCACCCUAUCGCCGAACUCGAGCAAAGUACCACUGAUCAGCGCGAAGGAAGGCUCCGAAGAAGACAAUCGGACGCGGAAACCGGUUGAGGAGCCCGAAGACGUUUCGGCGCUGUUUUCCUUCCUGCAGGUGCUUACGGCCACGUUCGGCAGUUUUGCGCACGGUGGCAACGAUGUCAGCAACGCGAUUGGACCACUGAUUGCGCUAUUUAUGAUCUAUCGCGAGGGAUCGGUACUGCAAAAGUCUGAAACACCACUGUUGAUCCUGCUGUACGGUGGCCUGGGCAUUUCCGUCGGCCUGUGGUUGUGGGGUCGCCGUGUGAUCGAAACGAUCGGUAAUGAUCUCACCAAAAUUACCCCCUCGACUGGAUUCACAAUUGAAAUCGGUGCCGCACUGACGGUGCUGAUUGCCUCCAAGAUCGGGCUGCCAAUCUCAACGACCCACUGCAAGGUGGGUUCGGUAGUGUUCGUGGGGCAGGCAAACGCGCAUCCAGCCGCCAGUGAGGAGCAUAAGCAGCACCCGCAUCACGCCGUCACCGCACAGCAGAAAGCCGUCGACUGGGGUCUCUUCCGGAAUAUUGUGUACGCAUGGGUGGUUACCGUGCCAGUCGCAGCACUACUAAGCGCCGGUUUCAUGAUGGCAUUGCGAGCUAUGGUGCUACCGUAAGGAUCGAAAGUAAUUGGACACUAUGGAUGAAGCAGUACCGACGAUACGCAAAACACACAUUGACAGGAAAAAUCGAAAGCGCACUGAUACCCUUCCAGACCCAUCAUCAAUUCUAAACGCUGAGAGAGCGUGCAAGGCUCGCCAACAGCUGCAGAUACGCCAGAGAAAGCAAUGUGAGCGGAGUGAAGCAGUGAUCGCCGACGGCCAUCGAGUGUGUCACAUUAUCUUAUCUCCAGAACUUUAAGUUACUUAAGCACGUCCAUGUUGUUAGAUAUUUUUGUUUUAAACACGAUAGUUCGUGGCCUCCCCCAUCUCAGAAUCAUUUAUAUUUCAUUCACGAAAAAGUCACUAGUCUCCAGCAACAAAAUAUUACAGGGCUUUCGGAAUCGUCCGCAGGAGAUCAUAACCACCGUAUACGCUUUUCGGUGUUCAAGAAAAAUCAAGGAAACAUGAUUUUGAUUGGUUCCUACCAUUCCGGGAAAUUUAUAUUUUCUAAACAAACAAGCAAACAAUAAUUUUAUUUCAUUUAGUGGAGCACUAGCGUGUUAGCAUCAUCAUCCAAUUCAAUUUUUCCACAACCCAUUUCCAUUUUAGCUGUAAAUUGUAUCAUCGUUUCUCAUUAGCUCAUAGUUGGAAAGAAGAGAAAAACAAACUAACGGAAAGAGAAGGUAGCGUUAGGUAGGGGCACGUAACGAAGAGGAUCGAACCAACUAGACCUCUUCAGAGUGCGCGGAUAGUUUGCCAAGCAAAGCGAAACACGAAAGAACCCUAAAACGGAGUUAUUGGUGUUGGUGUGUGGAAAGAUGGCGCGAGGUAGAAGCAUCUGUUGCUGGACAAACAGAUAAGAAACACCCACAGCACACAUUUGGUAGAUGAAAGGGAAGCGGUGCAGCAGUUUAAGCAAUUCUGGCACAGGGUUACGUGAUAGAGCGGAAUGCUUGGUGAUUUGGUGCUACGAAGAUGUCCUUCGCAUGUGAUCACGUGCAAAAGGAUGGCACGAGAGAGGAGAAGCGUGCUAGAAAAUAGGUCGAUCUGAAAGAAAUAUAAUAUCCAUUUCAUCGAUCGACAAAAGCGUAGAAAAGACAAAAUAAAACACACACUUCACUGCGGGACAUCUUCCAAUAGAGCAUCACCAAAAUGGUAGAAAAUGACAGCAACUACUAACAACAGGUAAAACUCUGGCAAGAGCAGAUAAAAAAAGUAAUUCUCUAACAUAUUGAACGUUAGCGCCAUAGCGUAGUAAGAUCGAGCAGUAGCGUGUAGAGUGAGAUUAAUGUAGCAAAAUAAUGUGUCCGACCUUAGGCAGACAAGCGGAGAAGAUAAACAGAUUAAAAAACAACAAACUCAACAAAAAAAAAAAAUCAAAUGUCGUCCGCCUGCUUCGACAUUCGAAAAAG